AUGCCAUCAAUUGCCAACAUCAGCGUGAGCUCCAGCGCCAGGACAAUGGUCAACAUCCUGCCUGGUCAGGAUGCGCGUCUUAGUUACAUUGUAAAUCAAGUCACAUCCGCCUCCGUCUCCGUCUCAUCCACAUCCGCCUCCGUCUCCGCCUCUACAUCAUCCUCCUCCUCCUCAUCUGCUUCUUCUUUGCCCACAUUUAGUCCGCCGCGUAUUGAGAGCUUGGUGGCAAGCUCAGCGGAGCAGGAUUUGAGCAGCUUUGGGGAUGUGACAUUCGACAUCUUCGAUGACGAUGACGAUUUGUUUGGCUCGCCAAUGGCCUUCGAUGCCAGCGAGCAGGGUCUGUGGAACGGUCGCUUUGUGCCCCCGCCACCCCGUCCCCCCUUCUUUGUGGAUGAGCCGGUGCUGAGCGAUGGUUUAACCACAUGUGAUUUAUGCUCCUGGGCCAUGCCCACCAAGAGCACGUUCAUGUUCGAGGGCACGAUAGAAAAAGCCACGGAAUUGGGCUGGCCAUUGACGUUGAUCAUUGUGUCCGUGUUGUCGGCGCUGCUCGGAGCAAUCAUCAUGAUUGCCGUAGUUCGCUGCCGGCGCAAAAAGAGCUCCAACAAUCGCAAUGACACACAUGUGCAGUGGUGGUCGCGCAACAAACGCGCCCACGGCAACGGGGCGGGUGGCACGGGGGGCAGCGGCGGUGCCCCCAUCGCGGGCAACAGUGGUGCCCACAGUCACAACAACAACAUCAGCAACAGCAACAACAACAACAACAAUCAUCUGAGACGCAGCAACAUUUACACAGCGCACCCGGCGGACAGCAUAAGAGGCUUGCAACCGCUUCCCUUGCCACAAGCGUUGCAACUGCCACUGCCGCCUACGCUGACGGCGACAGCAGCCUCAGCGCAACAGCAGCAACAGUUGCAGCAACAGCAGCAACAGCAACAACAACAGCCACCACAUUAUUUCCAUCCAUAUCAUCAUCAUCAUCAUCACGCAGCACAUCAUUAUGAGGAUGCCGCUUAUGAGGAGCCCGAAUAUCAUCAGCCGCAACAGUUGCAUUCGAAUUCGAACUGCAAUUCCAUGUCGUCGGUCACGUCAUCGCCAGCGCCCACAGAGGCAGCGACGCAUUGGCCGCCACAUGCCACAGGAUGUGGCACCAUGGUGGUCGCCAGCUGA